GGAGGAGAACGGCGAAGUGCUGAAUGGGACAGAAGUCGCGCCGGGCACCUGCUUGCACCCGACGGCGGCCCCGCCGCUGCCCUGCGCCCGAGCGAUCCCCGCGCCGGGCAAGCUGCAGAUGUGGUCACCUGUGUCUGAAGGGGAGUGAGAAAGACAAAAGCCACCUCUUAUAUUACGUGCCCUGAAGUUGGAACAGGUGCAGAAGGAGGGUGGGUAAUUUCAAAUUCUCCUACCUGCAAAAUAUGAGCCAGCUGUGCUGGAGAGCAGAUACGACCAGAGGGACAUCUGAAGCGUUCUCACCCUACAAAGUCAGAUGUACAGCAGUAAGGCUGAGUGACUCGAUUGCUCUUUCCCAAGUCUUGGCCUGUUGCUUUGGCUCCAGUUCAGGGAAGCUCUGAUCUUGCCUGUGAGCAGGAUUUUUAGAGCACUGCAGAAGGUGUCCCAGGUGGACGAAUAACUUCACAAUGGCUGAACUCACAGAGGAGAAUGGCAGUUGUACAGACUGGCAAAAGCGAUGCCUUGCAUUGGAGUCCCAGCUCUUCAAAUUCCGCUUGCAGGCAAGCAAGAUCCGAGAGCUGUUAGCUGAGAAGAUGCAGGAAUUGGAACAGAGAGUGAUAGAAGCAGAGCAAAGAGCUGAGGAUGCAGAGAAACAGGUCAGAGUCAUGGGAGAGGAAAUAAAACUAGCCAACAUGAAGACUAGUGAAUCAAACAGCACUCUGUACAGGAAAUAUCAAGAGCUGAUGGGUACAGUGCAAAGAAAGGAAGAUAUGAUUAGCAGACUGGAGACACAGUUAGCAAAACAGAAACAGCUGAGGACUGAGGAAGCCAAAAUCAUUCAAGAGAAAGCUGCCAAGAUUAAAGAGUGGGUAACAUUUAAGCUGAAAGAGCUUGAGCUAGAAAAUUACCACCUGAAAAACUGUAAUCAGAGGCUGACUGAGCAAAUUGAAGCCCUUCAGGACACACUGCAAGAUAUGACCAGCAUUCCUCCCUUGGAGUCUCUUUGGAGCUGUAAUUCUAUGAAGCCCAGAGUACCACAGACCUCUUACCAUGAGAAGACAGACCAGAAAUCUAGGCUCCUUGCACCUGCUUUCAGACAGGUGUGUCAGACAGGAUCGACCAAACGUCUCCUCUCUACAACAAACAUAGUUCUGGCCAAUGGCAACUUUACUGAGGAUGGAGAGGAUAGAUCUCUGCUUUCCCAGAACACACUGAAGAUCUUGACUGACUCACCAAACUGGAAUCUCUCCACAGAGAAAGACAUGUUCCCGGAUAUAAGCUCAGAACACAGGCUACGGUGCUCUGAUCCCAUGUCACUGGACACUCCAGCUGAGCCCACAAAACUCCAUGGGGCUUUGACUUUCCAGUCAUCUUUAGAGGGUAACCAUAGCACUGUGAGCACCUUAGAACGAGUGACUUUGGACAGAGCCAGCUUCCCUGAUGAUCUGGCUGCCACGUUCCACUCCCACUGUUUGGAUUCUUCUUUCUCAGGAGAAAUAAUGAGCAUCUUUGAGGGCCGUCUCCAAACUGCUGAGCCACCCCGAGUUGUGUCAGCAUCUGCCGUUACAGCAUGUUCCAUCUGUCCAGAGAGAGAAUAUGGGCUUGGCACAAGUAUGGCCUUUCCAAAAAUACGAACUCCCAGUACACCAAGAGACAGUAUCCAACUAGCUAAAAGACAUUACAGCCAACCACAGUCAGGUACUAGUUCUUCCUGUCAUGUAAUGAGCUUCGAGGCUAGCAACUUCCAGCCCAUAAAAGAUUCCCCAGUCUGUCACAGGCCAGUGGAGGAGACAGAUAUUGAUGAUGACGCAGUGCUGGAGAAGAUGGAGACAGAAGGUGGAGUGGUGAGGGAAGAAGCUGGAAUGUGUGAGAUUAACCACUUACCUACAGAGCAGAGAGAAUUUUCGAGUUCUAAGACUGGCAUCCUUGAACCAGGAGGUAAACCUCCCACACCACCUCUGCACAGAUUUCCUUCCUGGGAGAGCCGAAUCUAUGCUGUGGCCAAGUCUGGCAUGAGGUUGUCUGAAGUGGCCACUGUGAAUGACGCUUCCAGCUGCUUUCCAAAUUUCUCAUAUUCAGCUUCUGGGCCAUUUACCUGUCUCAUCUACAGAAAUACCACAGUUCCAGUCUACACUACAUUGAAGGGGAAGGCCACACAGAUCAGCAACGUGCCUUUCUUAGAUGAGUCUUCAGGCUCUGAUGAUGAUUGUGGCUCCCAUGCCAGCUUCAGGAAUUCUGCUGCUGGAUCCGAAAACAGGAAAACUAGCAUGCCAGGCAGCCCCCGUGCAGCAAAAAGAGGUGUUUCUAUGUCCUCAGUGAGCUCUGAAAGCGACUAUGCUGUUCCUCCUGAUGCCUAUUCCUUGGAUGGUGACUAUUCAGAGCCAGAACAUAAGCUACAACGGACAUCAUCCUAUUCCACUGAUGGUGGAAUUUGCACUGAACCCAUGGAGAAAUCAGGUUACUUGCUGAAAAUGGGCAGCCAGGUGAAGAUGUGGAAGAGACGAUGGUUUGUACUGAGAAACAGACAAAUCAUGUACUACAAAUCUCCGAGUGAUGUUAUCCGCAAACCACAAGGGCAGAUGGAGCUAAAUUCCUCAUGCCAAAUUGUCAGAGGUGAAGGGUCCCAAACAUUCCAGCUCAUGACAGAGAAGAGAACCUACUUCCUGACAGCAGACUCUCCCAACAUCCUGGAGGAAUGGAUUCAUGUCCUACAGAGUAUUCUUAGAGUGCAAGUGACCAGUCCUGUUGGAGUUCCUCAUAGUGAUGCUAAACCCACUGUGAAAGGUUGGCUCACCAAGGUCAAGCAUGGGCACUCUAAGCUGGUCUGGUGUGCACUGAUUGGAAAAACUUUUUACUACUACCGGAAUCAUGAGGAUAAGUGUCCCUUAGGGCAUCUGCCUAUGCGUGAGUCCAAAGUGGAAGAAGUAGACCGUUCCUGUGACUCUGAUGAAGAUUAUGAAACCACUGGUGGAGGACUUCUCUCAUCCCACUGCACUUUGGUGAUUCACCCACAAGACCAGAGUCCCACAUACUUGCUCAUCCGCACAAAACAGGAGAAGAAUACCUGGCUGUACCAUCUGACAGUAGCAGCUGGUAGCAGGAAUGCCACAGUGGGCACAUCAUAUGAGCAACUCAUUGGAAAACUGUUGGAUGCAGAGGGAGACCCUAAUUCUCCACUGUGGAAACACCCUAUGUUGUGCUACAGUAAAGAUGGGCUCCACAUGUCCCUCACCACUCUGCCAUCCGAGGCUCUGCAGACUGAAGCUCUGAAACUUUUCAAGUCCUGUCAGCUGUUCAUCAAUGUCCCUGUGGAAGCAUCCUCUAUUGAUUACCACGUGUCACUCGCCCAGACAGCACUGCAGGUCUGCCUGACACAUACUGAGCUGCAGAAUGAAAUCUUCUGUCAGCUUGUUAAACAGACGAAUUGCCGACAGCCCCAGAACCACUCAGUCAUUCAGUGCUGGCAGCUCCUGGCUUUAUGUGCUCCUCUGUUCCUGCCCCAGCAUCACUUCCUUUGGUAUGUGAAGCAGCACUUGCAGCGCCACGCAGACCCCAGGAGUGAAAUAGGCAAGUAUGCCAUCUACUGCCAGAGAUCAGUGGACCGCACUGUUCAGGCUGGUGAACGGGAAGCCAAGCCCUCAAGAAUGGAGAUUGUGUCCAUCCUGCUGAGGAAUCCCUACCACCACUCACUCCCCUUCAGCAUCCCAGUGCACUUUAUGAACGGAACCUACCAGGUUGUAGGUUUUGAUGGUUCCUCAACAGUUGAUGAAUUCAUCCAGCGGUUGAACCAGGAGACAGGGAUGCGGAAACCAUCCCACAUGGGAUUUUCUCUGUUCACAGAUGAUCCUUCUGGCAGGGAUUUGGAACACUGUCUGCAGGGCAACAUGAAGAUCUGUGAUGUCAUUUCUAAAUGGGAACAAGCCUUAAAGGAAUUGCAUCCUGGUAAAUAUGAAGGAGGCACAAGAAUCGUGAAAUUGACCUAUAAGAACAGGCUGUAUUUUCGGAGCCAAGCCAAGGGUGAGACAGACCGGGAGCGGCUGCUGCUGGCCUUCCAAGUCAGCAGUGAAAUAGCCAGUGGAAGGUUUCCAGUUAAUAAAGAAUUAGCUCUGGAAAUGGUUGCUCUGAUGGCUCAGGUGGAAUAUGGGGAUUUGGAUCGGACAGCAUCUUCAAGUCCUGGGGGAACAUCACACUCCAAAAUGCAGCAUCUUCUCCAUCAGGUCUUGGAUAAAUUCUACCCCAAACGCUACAAGAAAAAUAUUGCUCCUGAACAGCUCAAGCAACUGGCUGACAAGCUGGCAACAAAGUGGAUGGUGCUGCAGGGAUGCUCUCCACCGGAAUGUGUUCGAAUCUAUUUGACAGUGGCCCGCAAAUGGCCUCUCUUUGGAACCAAACUAUUUGCUGCUAAGCCUGUUUUGCCUUCAUCAUUAGAAGACUGUCCAGUCUGGAUAGCUGUGAAUGAAGAUGGUAUCAGCAUACUGGAUUAUAACACUAUGCACUUGAAGUUCUCUUACUCAUACUCUUCAGUGUUGACCUUUGGAGGCUGUCGAGAUGACUUCAUGAUUGUAGUCAGUCAAAUAAAAGAAAGGAGUUCUGGAAAAAACAGCACAGAAAAACUCCUUUUCACAAUGGCAAUUCCAAAGAUUGUUGAAGCAACACUUCUUAUUGCCACCUAUAUUAACUCCCGGUCGACAACUUCGCUCCUACCCUCCACGCAGCCCUCCCGAAGCACAGCACCUGCCAACAGGCUCUGGGAGACAGAAAGUCGGUGUUUUUUCGCUUCCAUGCCCCGAAGCACUAAGGGGCCCACCCUGCUCUGAGGGCUCAUUCCAAUUGGGGAAGUUUUUCUUUGCGGGGUUGUGGUUUGCUGUUGCUUUCCCCACUGCUCUGUACCAAAUUGCAGACUGCUACAAUUUCACCAGUUACACACCUUGCUUUAGUGCAGGCACUGGGUCUUUUAGCUGCACAUAUUCUUCCACCUCCUGAGCUUACAGCUUUGUUUACCAGCACGUGUUUUCUUUAAUGCUUCCAUUUUCAGCUUUGCACCUGCCUUUAAAUCACUGCACCACACCCUAUGUCUGGAACCUCGGCCCAGUUCUUAAACUCCUAGUGAUCUCUUGUCCUCAGCAGUCCCUUUCAAUUAUUCCCAUUACCUCCAAUAACCUUCUGUUUACAUCAAUCACUGACUCGCUCACUCUUUACCUGAAACAGAUUGCAGCCUCUGCAAGGCAGGUUUGAGUGGUGCGUAAGCUUGAAUUUGACAGAAGUGGACCAAGCACACAGUGUCAAUAAAAUUAAAGACAGGUGGUUCUGGAUACUGUGCCACAAGCCAAGUAUAAGGAUGCAUCCUGCUGAAUACUGCCUGCAUAAGGAGCAGCACAUCACUUCCUCAUAAACUAGAUAGACGCUGACAGGUUACUAUCAGAGUGUAAAGAGUAAUAUGACUGUAGAUGAUCAGGUAGUUUAGACAUAGCUUCAGCUCUGUGCUCUGGUUAUGAAUAGCCACUGUAUCAAAGUUUUGACCCGUGUUUAAAUUCACUGCUGCUACUCUUGCUAUCAAGAUAGUCCUUUUGAAGAGACUGAGAUAGUUUUUUUAUUUGUGCCACUGAUGAACACAACCAAGACAAUUUAUUUUUUCCUAAAGCUACACUGACUCCUCCCUAAAACUGAUUCCAAAAUUCAAAGACAGAAACUUUCCAAGUCUCUGCCCCAGACGUGAAAGAAAAAGAGGUGCAGCUGUUGAAAGGGAAUGGGAAAUGAACCGACAAGAAGACUUCUGAUGCCACGUCAGGGGUGGUUUUUAAGACCUGAAACAGGGAGUACAGAAUAAGAAUUCAGUGGUACAUGAGAAUCCUUUCAACUUUAAUUUUAUGAACGUUAAAACCUGAUGUCCUUCCGUGUUGAGGACUCAGAACAGCUGGGAUUGGACCAGUGUUGGACAAUGCCCUGGCUCCUGCAGAACAGAUGGCUUUUGACAGUUGAUGCUGCUCUAUACAACUGAUGAACACUGGAUGUCUGCUGCAGGGCUGAAAGCAUCCCAUGCCCCCCCACCACAUACAUUCGGACUCUUUCCAUUAAUCACUGUUACAGAUGUUUCAGGAUGUGCAUGUGAUCUCAGAUAAAGGACAACAAGGCAAGCAAACCUUUCACUUUUUAUCUGUCUUUCAGCAACUGGAACAGACCUUCCCAAAGCAGCUCUGUCCUUCACAGAAGCUGUUCCUUUAGAUCUCCUGCUUUCUUCACGCUACUGGCUCAGUGAGGAGGUUGUUACCAAACAUAUACUCAAAUGCUCUUCAGAUUUUCCUAAAGAGUGUUUUUUGAUUGGUUUCAAAGGGACUUCGUUCUGAUUGGGAAGUGAAAUGGAUUUUAAACAAAUAAAAGAAAAACGGACAUUCUCCUUAAGAACUCAACGUCUAUCUGGCUUGAGUUAAGCUAUUUUGAGAAGCCUUUUAAGAAGUAAAGAACUGCCCUUUCAAAAGUACCCGAGUAACUUCAUAAUAAUGCAUUCAUGGGCAACUUUCUCAAAUUAAAACAGUGUGAAUCCAACCAUCAUAAAGAAUUCAGCAAUAGCAAACCAAAGCUAUUCACCAACGAACCAACCAACCAUACCAGUGUUUUUUUACUUCCUACUAUCUGUCACCAGCCCUGAAAUAUCCAAUACGCAGUGGAGCUGAUACUGCAAGAAGUUUUUGUUUCAAGCUUAUGGUGGUACAAAGCCAAAAAUCAAAGUUACAUGGGACAACAAUCAUUCUAAUCAAUCCCUUAUCAGCAUAUUUUUAACAUUAAAAAAAAAGUGGUUUGUGGAAAUUAUACAGUAGAUUUGAAAUAGAAGAUUAUAUAUACACACAGAGACCUGAUUUGUCCAUUCUGUUACGUACCCAUUUGUCAUGAAUUUAAGGACCACCCCUUCAACUUACUGAAAAAGUAGUUUUCUGAGUCAAUAAUAAUGUUAAGAAGGUAUGGUUUUAGUCUCUUUAUGUAAUCUCCUGGCAUACUUCUGAUAUACCCUCGUAGAGUGACCGGUAGUAUACAUUCUCUCUCUCUCUGAUCUUAGUAUGGAUAAACAAGUUGGAAUAAAGACAGCGUUAUUCCACCUCACUACUUAAAUUUCCUGUGACAAACAACUUCUCUGGUAUCUGGAGGUCUGUUUGGCAGCCUGCUCCUCCAGUAAUGAAGCUGCCUCAGAAUGAGCUGAGCUCAGCCCACCUGUCCUGAGGAUGCUUAAGGCAUGAAAGUCUCCAGUUCACUGUUCUGAGGUUGUGCUUACCUUGCACUGCUAACAACCACAUCAUUGUACGGGGGCAAACAGGAAGCAGAAAUGUUAAGAGCUGUCAGGAGCUCAUUGUUUUCUGCCAUAAAUUCACUCCAAAUUCACAAAUAUGGCAAAUGGGACUUUUUUUCUUCCCUCUUUCUUCCAAAUAUUCUUUAAUACUUGAGUAUUUCAGGGACCACCCCACUCUGAUGGAUGCACAUACACCUCCUAUUUAUAGGUUACUUGACUUUAAAACACAACAAACAAAUUUUUAAAAUCCUGUGUAGAUACCUAUUUUGUAUGAUUCUGUGAUAAAGUUUUUAUUUUAAUCAAUGCUUUUGGCAAUGAUAAUUGCAACAGUAUAGAAUGAGACAACAGCCCUUGUUUCCCUAACUGCUGUGUGUAUGUGAAAGGCUGUCUUGAAGAUACUGUGAGAUUUCUGUUCUUAAUAAAGUGAAAUUAUCUUGAA